CAACGACUGGUACCUCAUACCAGGCAGCAUGGAUGACAUGGAGAAAUGGCCUGAAAUAGAGAAAGCAGCGACAGAGAAGAGGCGUGAACUGGUUCUACAGGGUCCUGGUGUCGACAAGAGGAUUUCCUCUAAUGGGGGGCUCACCGGGUCCAUCUAUUCCCUCACACUGCUGAAUUACCUGGAAGUUAGCCAGUGUCCGAGUCUGACAGAGAUCCACGAGGACAUCCAGCAUCUGACCAACCUGCAGAGCCUCAUCCUGUGCAGGAACAAACUCGCCUCCAUCCCGAAUGUCAUCGGCAGCCUCAAGUCCCUGAAAGUCCUGGACCUGUCGGUCAACAACCUCAAGGUUUUACCGGAGGCCAUCGUCCGGUUAAGAGAGCUGAACACGCUAAACGUGAGCUGCAACAGCCUGGAGGUGCUGCCCGAGGGGCUGAGCCAGUGCACCAAGCUCUCCACCAUCAACGUCUCCAAAAACCACAUCACCGGCUUCCCCGCUGACUUCUACUCCGAGCGGCUGGAGCUCCUCAGCAGCCUGGUGGCCUCUGACAACUGCAUCCAAGAGCUGAGUGGAGAUGUUCACAAGCUAGCUGCUCUGAAGGUGCUGGAUCUCUCCUGCAACAAGCUGAGUGAGAUCCCCUCUGAUCUGAGCGACUGCCCCAAGCUGAAGGAGAUCAACUUCAAAGGCAACAAGCUGAACGACAAGCGUCUGGAGAAGAUGGUCAACGGUUGCCAGACCAAGUCCAUCCUGGAGUACCUCAGAGGAAAAGGAAAAGGACGACAGGGAGAGGAUGGAGCUGAUGCGGACGGCGGACGCAAUGCAGACAAGAGGAAAAAGGGGCAACAGAGGAAGAAGAAGGAGAAGGCGGCAGAGGAACAGGACGAGGUGGAGGAACUGAACAAGAUGGUGGUGAGGGUUCUCCACGUUUCAGAUGCUCCCACGGCGCUCACCGUCAAAGUGACCGCUGAGGUUAAGGACGUGCGGCCGUACUUGGUGUGCUGCGUGGUCCGAGGCAUGAACCUGAAGUCUGGGAAUUCUCUCAAACGGUUCCUCGUGGCUCAGACGAAGCUUCACGAUGAUCUGUGUGGUAAAAGGACAACGGCGACCAUCGCAACUCAUGAUGUGCAGCUUCUCAAAGGUCCACUGGUGUACGACGUCAAACCUCCCACCCAGCUGAAGAUCGUUCCUCUGGGUCGGAAGGAGAUGACGGCGGUGGAGCUGAUAAGACACCUUCACCUCGAGGCUGAAGAGCUGAGGAAGCAGAAGAAGAGGCAGAAUGUAACUGGCCUCCACAAAUACCUGCAGCUUUUGCAAGGAAAAAGCGUCUAUCCCUGCCUGGUCGACGCUGAGGACCAUGUGAUCUCAUUCCCACCUAUUACCAACAGUGAGAAAACUAAGAUCAAGAAGACCACCAAAGAGUUGUUCUUGGAGGUGACGAGCUCCACCAGCCUGCAGACCUGCAAAGACAUCAUGGACGCUCUGAUUGUAAAAAUGGCAGAGUUGAACAAGUUCACGGCGGAGCAUCAGGAGGAGGCGGGGUCAGAAGGGGAGGGGGAGGGUCCACUGGAGCCGGCGACCAGCAGCGAGACCUCCAGCGAACUGAUCGUCCAGCAGGUCCGAACCGUGGACCAGGACGGGAACCUGAAGGUCGUCUACCCGUCGAAGACCGACCUCUCCAAAGACGUCGGCAAUUUGAGCAUCGUUUGGUAGCGGGCUGUGGACAACCUGCAGUGUUUCCACUCAUUCACAUACCACAUGAAGUUAUUCACAGAUUAAAGCAAGGUUUGACAACAUGCAAAAAACAAAAUGUACAUCCUUUUACUUCAGGGAGAAAACCUGAUCCUGUAGGAGUCUGUGAUCAGAACAUUUCUGAUUAAUGUACAGCUUUUUCAACCACAUGCCCAUAACACUUAAAUAAAUCCUCUUCCUGCUUCCUGACAGCAUGAUCAACAAGACACACUGCAAAAUAUCCUUAUUUUUGUAUCAUUUACAAACUGGUGGAAUUAAUUUUGUUCUGACAUUGACUUGAACUUGGAUUGAUCACUUAUCUGUGUUACAGGAAGAUUUGUAUUUCUAUUUAUCAACUUACAGCUCUGGCAUUUUCCCUUUAAACAGCAGCAAACAAUGUCUACAUGAGACUUAAUAAACUUGACUUCUGUUUUCAU